GAAUUUGCUUACCCAAAUCCCAAAACCCCCUGAUAUGUUUACAGAAGAAGCCAAGCGAAGAACCUCACCAAGUCACCAAUCCCAACCACCGAGUGGCGCGGCUGCUCCUCAGCCGACGCUUUCAGGCCACUCACCGCCGAUUUCAGAUCCGGUAACCCUUCACUUCUUCCACGCCCACUCACUACGUGAAUUUUUUUAAUCCAUGAAGGAUUCAACAAGUAAGGGUGUGAACUGGUUUGAAGGAAUCAUUCCAGACGUCAAUGAUAACAUGUUUCAGGGCACAUUUAGAUAUGUUGAAAACCAUGUGAAUAAUGUGGGUGGUACUUUGAAAAAAUUAUGUUCUGAUGUUGUCCAAGAUUUUCUUCCUCUUUCAGCGGAUCCUGUAAAAUGUGAAGCUAAAGAACUGGUUCCAGAAGGAGGUGCCUCCAGUACCCUUACAAAGAAUAACUCGGCGAUUAGUAUUGAGAAUUUUUUUUCAGAUCUUGUUGUAGGAAAAUCACCAGUGGUGAUUGAUGCAAUUGAUCAUGAUGUGGAUUUAUCUACAAAUGAAAAGUCCACAGAUGCCCAUGAAGCUUCAGAAUCCGCAUUAGCAACCUGGAAAAUUAAUGAGUUGACAACUGAAGACUCAGGUUUGAGCGUUGACCUAAACACCAUAGAAGAGUCUGUAGUUGGAUCAGUUGAGCUAACUUCCCAUGAUGUAGAAUACAUUGAAGAAUCAACACUUGAUGAGUUUAUUGGAAAUAAUCAUGAUAAUUCUGAUCAAUUUAAAAAUGUAGAGACUUCAGGCUCUGGAUUAGUACCUGCUUUGACAAAGAGAAACUCAGAUUUCAUCAUUGACGAAAAUGCUAUAAAGGAAUCUACAGAUGAUUCUGAGCUGACUUUUCCUAGUGUGACAGAAUCUAUUGAAGCAUCCUUAAUUGAUAAAUCCAUAGAAACCAAUAAUGAAAAGGACUGCGUUGUUUCCACUGCAGAUGCAGUUGCUCUUGUGGAGAAGCAGCAGCUUAAUCACGGUUAUGUGUCUGCUGAACAUCAUAAUGCAGAUCACUUGUCAAUGCAUACCGAUGAAACUUCAGACUCGGUAUUAGCAUCUGUGGAAUUCAACAGCUUGACUCAUGAAAACUCAGACCUGAACAAUGAUGUAAACUCCAUAAAGGAGUCUGCGGAUGGAGGAUUGGAGCUAACUUCUUCUGAUGUGAAUGAAUCCUCUAAAGCAUCAUCAGUUGAUGGACCCACUGAAGCUAAUCAUGAAGAUGAAUGUAUGUUUUCGGUGAAUGUUGCUCUGCCAACUUCAAUUCAAAAUCUAGAGAAUGAACAAUGUUCAGGAGUCUUGUGUGAUAUCAUUGCUGAUGAUGCAGAAUGUUAUUUUAGUACUUCGAGUAUCCCAUCUGAAAUAGUUACUUCAUUUGUAAGUGAAGACACUGUAACAGGAACAGGACAUGUUUCCUCCACCAGUUCCAGUUUAAGGAAUUCUACUAGUCUCCCUGGAUAUUCAUCUGAUAUCUUAUUUGCUGGAGCAAACUUUUGUUGUGUCUCUGAAACCUCAAGCGGGUUCCUUUCUUCUACACCAGCCUCAGUUGUGUCAAUUAAUGAAGAGGCACUAAGGAAGCAACUUAUUUCCUCCUGUACUCUCCUACCAUUGGAUACAACUGAUGGCUCCAAUGUUGAUGUUUCUGACUCUUGCAUGGAAACUAUUGACUUAUGCGAUGAGAUGAAGCUUGCAGAGAGCUGUGUCCUUGUAGAUGAUAGUACUCUUCAUGCCACAUCUCGCAGAGCUCGAAAGCUUGAGUCAUACACGAAAAAGAUACAAAACAUGUUUGCUUCGAAGAAGAGGCUGGCAAAGGAGUACGAACAGCUAGCAAUCUGGUUUGGAGACGCCGAUAUUAAUUCCAGCCAAGAUUCAUCACCUGACUUACACAAUCUACAAACUCUUCACGCACGUGAUUCAGAAUGGGAGCUACUGUAAAUAAUAAAAGAAAUUGUUCUGGCAUAUGUAAAUAACUGCAAAAGAAGGACUGGUUUCAUCGAUUUUUUCUACUCAAUCUAAAUUGCCAGUAUAGUAAUUUAUUAUGGUUGAGGCACUCUACUCUCUUUUGACUAGAAACAGAUAAAAUAAGGUAGUUAUGCAGCAAAGUAUGACUACUGUUGACAGCUCUGUGGUACAAAAUUACUCGUGCACCUUUUUUAAAUCAGAAAUAAAUGAGAAUUGGAAAAACAAAAUUCAUAUUC